AUGCUAAUACUACCUUGCCAGUAUUUCCGGCAACCUUCUCUUAAACUAGUCAGAUCAUUUACUAGCUAUCAUAGAGCCUAUCAAUCAGUGCAUCCCAUCACAGAUGAUUCGAAAGUAGCUGCUACUCCAAUUCUAGAAUAUGAGAGAUUGGUACGAAUAGGAACACUUAGAAACGAUGAGAAUCAAAAGACCAUCCUCAAAAGUUUAUCCCAUCUUCACGAGCAUUUGCAAAGUUAUACCCCUCCAAAUGUUGAUAUGCCUCCAAUAAUCACCAAUAAUGCCUCCUCAUUCAAUUUCUCCAAGAUGUUCAGCUUCGGAAAAAAAAGAAAAUCAAAAGAAGCAAUAGACUGCACAGAAGAAGAUUUUCAAAAAAUUCCACAAGGAUUGUACCUUUGGGGUGAUGUUGGAUGUGGGAAAACGAUGUUGAUGGAUUUGUUUUAUUCAACCAUUCCUCCUCAUUUAACAAGGAAAAGAAUCCAUUUCCAUCAAUUCAUGCAGAACUUGCACAAAAGAUCCCACCAAAUCAUUUUGCAACAUGGAAAGCAAGACAUCGACCCAAUUCCAAUCCUUGCUGCAGAAAUUGCGCAAUCGGCUACAGUAUUGUGUUUUGACGAGUUUCAAGUCACCGAUGUCGCCGAUGCCAUGUUAUUGCGCCGAUUAUUGAUGGCAGUGCUUGCUCCUUCCCAUGGUUUAAUCUUAUUUGCAACCUCCAACAGAGAACCCAAUGAUUUAUACAUCAAUGGAAUCCAACGAGAAUCAUUUAUUCCGGCAAUCAGAUUGCUAGAGAAAAGAACUAAUGUGAUAUACUUGAAUUCUCCAAUAGACUAUAGAAGAAUCCCAAAACCUAUUUCGUCAGUUUACUAUUGUCCUCAGCAAAAUAAUCCGUUCAAUAAGGAUUAUUUUUCCCCAGAAAUUGAACGAGAAAAAGCGUUUCAUAUCCAUGAAUGGUUUAAAUAUUUUUCGCAACAAAUCCACAAUACUGCCGAUGGUACUGCCUCAGAUGACGUUGUGACCAACGAUAAAAUCAAAGUUUGGGGUAGAUAUUUGGUUAUUCCAAAAUCAAUUCCCGGGAAAAUCGCCAUGUUCACCUUUGAAGAACUUUGUGGCCGGCCUUUGGCUGCUGGUGAUUAUUUGGCGUUAGCUACCCACUACCCAGCAUUUAUUGUCACCGAUAUCCCAUACUUAUCAACCAACGUUCGUGAUAAAGUUCGGAGAUUUAUUACCUUUUUGGAUGCUGCCUACGAUAAUCAUUGUCGAUUGGCAACCACUGCGGCAAAUUCAUUCAAUGGAUUAUUUGUUGAUCAGAAAUUGAUCAAUGUUAAUAAUCAUUUCAAUUUGGUUGAUAAUGCUCAAUCACAAAUCCAAGAUUAUAACAAAAUCAAGGGAGGAAGUGCCAUUAAUAAUUCAUCUCUUAACAAGAAAUCAACUGAAGAAUUAGACAACUCAGACAUUGACAAAAAGAUACUCGAUAAAUCUAAUGAAAUGUUUUCACUAGACGAAGAAAAAUUCGCCUUUGUCAGAGCAUUAUCUAGACUAACUCAAAUGAGUACUACUGAUUGGGUUAACUUUGAACGCUAA